UUGUAAUAAUUGAUUAAUUAUCAUGCAAAAUACCGAAGAAUCAAACACAUUGUAUUCCCCAAUUUUGAGUGAGAGUAAGGCAGAACAGUGCAUCAAAAAAGCACAUUCUGCUCUUCUCAAUAAAAGGAAGUCUUAUCCCAAGACAGAGAUUAAAGCAAAGGAUCUGGCCGAUUUAGGCAUGUCAAAUGACCCCAAACCACAGAAGACUUCUGAGCUUCACAGAGAGCUGCCUAAAGUUGAUCAGAACAAGCAUAAUUGCUCCUCUUCCGAAAAUAAAAUUAGUGACAAAGUCCCAGACCAAAAGGAUAACCCCAUGAUGAGCGAGCUCAAGCGAUUUAUUUCAAAUCCAACACCUGAAAUUAAUAAUCUUAACAAUUAUAAGCUUACGAGCUACUUUGAGAAGUACAAGGCUCAGCGCCAAAAGGAAAUCUCGCUUGCUAGCAAAGUCAAUGACCCUCUCAAGCACGAAGACCUCAAGGAAGGCAUAAAGAGAGCCCGCUUUAUUAAAUUGCAAGCAGAGAAGAAAGAUAAGCUAUGUCCGACAAUCUUCGACGUUGAGGGUGGUAUGAGUGGACCCUCGACCGACAAAACCAAGCAGCCAAGGCAGAAGACUCCGAAGGUUCCCUCCAAACUUAAAACGCAGAAUUCUCUUCACAGAGUACAGGUCGACCUAAGCUCUGACGACAAAGAGUGCCACUCACAAAGAAGUGGAGGAUCCACAACUCUCAGGAAAGACAACUCCGAAGUGAGGACAAGCAAAGAAGUCUCCUCUGCUAAACACUCAGGUAGAAACAUAGCAUUUACUGACGAAGCCCCACUCAGUAAUGAGUACUUUGAGAAUCAAAUUGUUUCUUUAGAGCCAAAGGAUGUUGCUGACAGAACCUUGUGCUCUUUCGAAAGAUAUUUAGGGUUUGUGAACUCUAUGUACUUCGGGCGAGGCGCGCCUGAGCCUCAUGAGACGCUUAACGAAGUCGCCUCAAGAAUGUCAAGCUCUGGCAAUGAGCUUCUGACCAGCAAGGCCAUCCAUCCAGCCGAAGGUGGGCCCAAGAACACACAGCAGGGUUCUUCUUUGGUGUCUACUGACUUCCAUUACUCGACUCUGGACAUGCUGUGCAACCCUCUGAGAGUUCCCUUGGGCUUUGAGACAUGGUCUCCGCUUGAGAUUGCCAUAUUUGAGACCUGAAUAUGAAAAUUCGGCACCAACUUCGAUCUGUUUGCUAAAUUUAUCAAGACAAAGUCCCCAAGAGAGAUCACCAACUUCUAUUUCUUGUGGAAGAAGACCUCAUGUUACAAAAUCUGGAGUCAGAAGAUGGAGUCAUGCUUGGAGGAAGACCGAAAUGACUGGGUCUUUAGGUAAUGAUUUUAGACUAUAAUGUUUCAAGU